GCACCUGAAAGUUUAGAGAGGAAUGAUCUUAAAGAGGAACAUAUUUACGCUCCGGUUGCUGAGGACAAAGAGUUGGAAAAAGAGCUACUUCCUCCCUCUUCUAAAGGAAAUUCUGAUAUGCAGCGUAUUUUGGAAAUGUUACAACAGCUGUUAAAAUUACAAGGUGCCGGAGAUGAGUAGUUUCCAUCUCGAUGGUUGAAAUAGUGCCAUGGUGAAGAGGAGCCGAUCCAAAGAGUUCCUCAAGGAAUUUCAGGAGCUGAAUCUGAGUGCUCAGAGAACAUUCACCUUCAGAACUCGACGUGCGGAGCCCCCGACAUGGGGUCAACUGAAAAAGCUUACUCAGAAAGCUGAAGGGGUUGUUCAACAAGCUGGGCAGCCCAAAACCCCACUAACUUUAUUCCUGGCUAUGCUGGCCAUAGUAAAUUGUCAGUCUGCUGGAGAUGGUGUCAGAGAUCAAACACCGAAUCCCAGUGAGCCCAACAUGUGAUGAUGGUUUUAAAAGAAAUUCAAACCUGUAAAUAAGAAGGGGGAGAUGUAGAGGACCACGUGCUCGCAAACGAGAUGUUCCUGAUAGUUAUGCUCUUGCAAACAAAGCAUGACGUUUCUUCUCUGCAAACAGGAAGAACAAAGGAGUUGGCUGUAAACAGCAGACUCUGGGAACUGGUUAAUGUUUAAGCGUCUUAAAGAAUUGGAAAGUUAGGGAAAGGUCAGAAAAACAACUCAUGACAUAAAAACAACUUGUGUCAUAAAAACAACUCGUGUCUUGUGACGUGGUAAAAUUCCACAAGCAUGUAUAAAAUAAAGCAGAGCGUGCUGCUCGGGGUGGCCGCCA